GCUGCAGCGAUAGGCGCUGGCCGUCCGGCCGGGGCGGGGUCUCGCCGCCACCGCCCCUGGGCCCUGAAGUUUCCCGGGGUAUCCCGGUCCGCCAGUGGGCUGUCCGCGGGGGCGGGCUGCUACCCGGGCCCAGUGGGUUCCGAGUGCGCCGGCUCUGCGCCCGGGACAAGCGGCGAGCCAGUGACCGCCGCCGCCGCCCGGGUCGAGGCCGUGGCGGGCAGAGCCGAGGCUCUCGGGGCUUCUGUUCCGUCACGGCGGACGCCUCCCCCUCCCUCCGGGACCAGCCUGACAGAUGACAUGCCCCGCAUGUGCCACAGCCCUCCUCUCCUCCCCAGCCCCGGGAGGAGAGACGCGGUGUGGGAGGGCCCCCUGAAAAAGCCAGGUAUUUCCAAGCCAGGAUCCUCUAGAUAGAGCCGAUUUCAAUGCUGUGGAGUAUAUCAAUACCCUGUUCCCAACAGAGCAAUCCCUGGCAAACAUAGAUGAAGUCGUGAACAAGAUUAGACUGAAAAUAAGGAGACUGGAUGACAAUAUUCGAACUGUUGUAAGAGGUCAAACCAAUGUGGGGCAGGAUGGCAGGCAAGCACUUGAAGAGGCCCAGAAAGCAAUUCAGCAACUUUUUGGCAAAAUCAAAGAUAUCAAAGACAAAGCAGAAAAAUCAGAGCAAAUGGUUAAAGAAAUCACCCGUGAUAUUAAGCAGUUAGAUCACGCCAAACGCCACCUGACCACCUCGAUCACAACGCUGAACCACCUGCACAUGUUGGCAGGUGGCGUCGACUCCCUCGAAGCCAUGACCAGGCGAAGACAGUAUGGAGAAGUUGCUAACCUUCUUCAGGGUGUAAUGAAUGUUCUGGAGCACUUCCACAAGUACAUGGGAAUUCCACAGAUCCGGCAGCUUUCUGAAAGGGUGAAGGCUGCCCAGACUGAGUUAGGACAGCAAAUCCUGGCCGAUUUUGAAGAAGCAUUUCCUUCUCAGGGCACCAAGAGGCCCGGAGGACCCAGCAAUGUCCUUCGAGAUGCAUGUCUGGUUGCUAAUAUUUUGGACCCCAGAAUCAAACAGGAUAUCAUCAAAAAGUUUAUUAAACAGCAUCUGUCAGAGUAUCUAGUACUUUUUCAAGAAAACCAAGAUGUUGCCUGGCUGGACAAAAUCGACAGACGCUAUGCCUGGAUCAAACGGCAGCUUGUGGACUAUGAGGAGAAAUACGGCCGAAUGUUUCCACGUGAGUGGUACAUGACCGAGAGAAUUGCAGUCGAAUUUUGCCACAUCACAAGGACAGAACUUGGCAAGAUUAUGCGUACCAGAGCUAAGGAAAUUGAAGUGAAAUUGCUUCUUUUUGCUAUUCAGAGAACAACUAACUUUGAGGGGUUCCUUGCAAAACGCUUUUCCGGCUGCACCCUGACGGAUGGAACUCUGAAAAAACUCGAGACUCCACUCGCGUCCACCAAUCCCUUCCUGGAAGAUGAACCAGCAUCAGAGAUGGAGGACCUGGCAAUGGAGAAAGGAGAUUUAGAUCAACGAAAGAAGCCUAAAGCCCCAGACAAUCCAUUUCAUGGCAUUGUUUCCAAGUGUUUUGAGCCUCAUCUCUACGUGUAUAUCGAGUCCCAGGACAAAAACCUUGGAGAGCUGAUAGAUCGGUUUGUGGCCGAUUUCAAAGCUCAGGGGCCACCUAAGCCCAACACUGAUGAAGGGGGUGCCGUGCUCCCCAGCUGUGCCGACCUCUUCGUCUACUACAAGAAGUGCAUGGUGCAGUGCUCGCAGCUCAGUACUGGGGAGCCCAUGAUCGCUCUGACCACCAUUUUCCAGAAGUACCUCCGAGAAUAUGCCUGGAAAAUCCUUUCUGGCAACCUGCCCAAAACCACAAGCAGCAGUGGAGGCCUGACCAUCAGCAGCCUCCUCAAGGAGAAGGAGGGCUCCGAAGUGGCCAAGUUCACUGUGGAGGAGCUGUGCCUUAUCUGCAGUAUCCUGAGCACAGCGGAGUACUGUCUGGCCACCACCCAGCAGCUAGAAGAAAAACUCAAAGAAAAAGUUGACGUCAGUCUGACUGAGCGCAUCAACCUGACGGGAGAGAUGGACACGUUCAGCACUGUCAUCUCGAGCAGUAUUCAGUUGUUGGUUCAGGAUCUGGAUGCUGCCUGCGACCCUGCCCUGACUGCCAUGAGCAAGAUGCAGUGGCAGAAUGUGGAGCACGUUGGUGACCAGAGCCCCUAUGUCACCUCUGUCAUUCUUCACAUUAAGCAGAACGUCCCCAUCAUCCGUGACAACCUGGCUUCGACGCGGAAAUACUUCACUCAGUUCUGCAUUAAAUUUGCAAACUCCUUCAUUCCCAAGUUCAUCACCCACCUCUUCAAGUGCAAGCCAAUUAGUAUGGUGGGAGCAGAACAGCUGCUGCUGGACACCCAUUCCCUGAAGAUGGUCCUGCUCGAUCUCCCGUCCAUCGGCUCGCAGGUGGUGAGGAAAGCACCUGCCAGUUACACUAAGAUCGUUGUGAAAGGCAUGACCCGGGCGGAAAUGAUCCUCAAGGUAGUGAUGGCCCCUCAUGAACCGUUGGUGGUGUUUGUUGACAACUACAUCAAACUGCUUACAGACUGCAAUACGGAAACCUUCCAGAAGAUACUGGACAUGAAGGGGCUGAAGCGGAGUGAGCAGAGCAGCAUGCUGGAACUCUUCCGCCAGAGGCUCCCCACCCCUCCCUCAGGGCCGGAAAGCUCCAGCUCACUGUCCCUCCUGGCUCCCACGCCAGAACAGGAGUCAUCUCGCAUCCGCAAACUGGAGAAACUAAUUAAAAAGAGACUGUAGGAGCA